AGCUGUAGCUACAUCUUUACCUUCGGUGGGUUGGUAGAUUGGUAAUAAAUAAUAAAUGUUAGGAAAUUACAGCAUCAGUUGUGGGAUAUAAUUGUUAUUCUACCCAGAUUUUUAAUUCUCUCUUUCUGCAGUAUCAGUACUUGCUUUUUUUAAAAUCUCAUAUUUCUGUUCUGUUUUCAAUAAGCAGUAGAAUAUAUAAAUUUUAUAAAGUAAAAACACUGUUGAGUCUGUUAUAGGUAAACAGAACAGAGGUAAGGAGGAGGCGUUGGGUAGGUAUGUUGUUACUCUUUCUUUUCCUGUUUUAUUUUGUAAUCCCUGUUAUCAGUGUUACUUUUUGUUUUUCCUAGUCUUUGACCCUUCAGUCUGCUCCAAAAUGACAAGUCAAUUAGAGUCUAACUGUAGUUAUUAAGCUCCCCCUUGCGAAAAUGUUUUUGAAAUCUUAAUAGUCAGGCUUUCCAGUAGGUCUUGUAUUGUAUUGUAUGUUCAGUAAUAUCCUCCUGUAUGGUUUUUUUUUUUUUUUACCGAUUCUCUUAUUUUCUCCCUUUGCUGCAUUUGCUUUUCGCUAAUAGUCUUUAAAGUUUUAUCAUUGUUGACCAUAGCACACACACAAUGUAGCUAUUUGACUUCUAUACUUUGCAUGUAGUGCACAUAAUGUACUUUAAGUUGUGACAUUAGUAGUUUUAUAUAGGCUGAGUGGGACAGAGUGAGACUGGGUGUACUUGGAAACCAUAAAAAGGAACAUGGGGAAAAAAAGUCUUGUAAAGCUAUAUGUGUUUUUGUAUAGAUCUGUUAAUCCAAGGUACAAACCAAAUGAAAUAUUUACUUUGGGCCAAGCUGUUAAAGUUCAAUCUGGAACAAGGAACACAGAUAGUAAAAUGAAAGUGGUUGUGCAAUGUGAGGCAGAAAAGCUGGUGGCAGAUGAACUAGAUAAACUGAAACAAUACCCCGAUUCAGAUGAGAGACAGAAGUAGUCAAAUGAGGCACCGCUCCUUCCUUUAGAAAUAUUACAUCAGAGCAGAGAGUAUGCACACUGUAUCACCUGUGCUCUGUCAGCAGCUCACAUAUGGAUGUGGAUGGAGAAGAGGUCGGGUGUUGAGCUGAAUAUGGAACCACAGGAAGGAGGGGGCCUGAAGGAGCUGGUGCUUCGAUGGUUUACUGAGACACAGGCACCGCUCAUCCAGCACAAUGGAAACUUCCCUGACUGGUUUCAAGGUCUUGCUACAAGAAAGGAAGCAGAGGAUCUACUGAGGGAUAAAACUAUGGGAUGUUUUCUCAUUCGUCUCAGUGAUAAAGCUUUUGGCUACAUCCUGUCCUACAAGGGUAAUGACCGGUGCCGCCAUUUUGUUAUCACCCAAAAUCAAGAUGGACAUUUUAUCAUAUCAGGAGACUCUCAGACAUACGGCAGUCUCACCGAGCUGAUCCAACACUACAAGGUCAGCGCCAUCCAGCCCUUUGGAGAAUAUCUGACCUCCAGCUGUAAUGAGGUGGACACAAAUGAACUGUAUGAUGUGGUGAACUAUAACACCAAACAGAUGUCUGGGGUGAGCGUGCAGGCACUGCGGACUCUGUGGGAUCAGAAAAGUGAUCAUCACAGCCAUAUGGGUACUAAUCAAAGGAUUCAGCAGCAAAAUGACCCUCCUGCAGUGCAGCCACCCAUACUACCACCCAAAUCCACAGCCAGAAAGCUGACGGGGACGGUGUCUGUGGAUGCAAUGUCUCUUUCCCAGGGUAUGCCUCCAGGACCAAAAAGAGGGAUUCCUCUAGGAUUUACCCUGAGUGGUUCCUUGCCUGAUACAACUUCACAUCCAAUGAAAUCCCAGAUGGACGCAUACAGAGCAGACGGAAUCAUGGCAAACACAAAUUCAGCAGUAAUGUCUAACAAAGACUCAGUUGAUACAACUGACACAAUGUAUCCUGGUGAUCUUUUUCCUGGCAUCACAACCUCUCAGUCGACACAGGUAGAGAGCAGGAGCAAAUCCCUACCACAACUGGACAACAACACCACAGAGGAGGAGUACUCCAACCAGCUCAGCAGCCUAUCUCUGACAUCGCCUGUCCCAGUAAAGAAGGUUACCUGCCAAACCUAUUCUCUCCAUGCACCCCAUGAAAGCGUGAUCAGGUCAGAGGAAGGUGAUCAGGAAAUAUCAAGAUCCAACCCUCUGUACCAGACCUCUGAGGGGUCUGAAAGCCGUUCAACCCAGCAAGGAGAUGACAUGUAUGCUGAGGUUCCUCCGGCGACAACUCCUGCUAGGCUGCGAGAUGACACCUACGAGCAGAUCCCUGGUGAGGCAGCCACUGUUCAAGGCAACACUUAUGAGACACUGGAUGACAUGAAGACCAAGAAGUCAAAGUCCACCUGGAGUAAAAGUAAUAUGAAGUGGAAGAAAUUCCUACCCGACUAUAAGAAGAAAUAAAUGCAAAAUCAGUUGUGGAGAACCUCCUUACUUAAUAUAAAUGAGAUGAACAUUGCCUCCUCCGGUUAUUUGUUCUAAUAUGCAGAUGACUGUGUGCUGUGAGUGACUUAGGGAUAGCGAUAAAGUCAAGAUAGGAGGCUUAAAAAAAUCCUAUUUUACACAUAGGUAAGAUUAAGAAAAUCAAAGCUACAAAAACCCUGACCUGGACAGACGAAGCUUUUUUGGGACUGAAGGCCAAUCACAAAUGUUUUCAAAAAGGAUUGGUUUUGCCUGAGGUUGGGUCCUUGGAUAUGAACAAAGUCUCAUCUGUAGCACCUUCUGUUAAAUACUUGCAUUUUAUUGUUGACAAGAAUCUCAGCACUGCUGCCAUGGAUUCAAAUGGGCAAAAGGUUUGAAAUCAUUACGUUAGGUCCUGAUCUUAGCCCUGUUUUAACUCACAUCAUCAGAUCCUUUGAAUCUUCAUCCUCAAAUCAAACCUGAUCUCUUAAACCAAACUCAGGGCUGUAACACACAAAAACGUUUAUAAAUAUUCUUAUUUACUCACAAUUUAUUACAAUGACUUAUUGUCAGCAGAUUAGACAAGUGGUCUCCUUUGUCUCCGACCAUUAUUGUGAAGCACUUUGUGGUUUUUAUCCUGUGUAGAGUGCUAUUUAAAUCAAUAAAGUGAAGUAAAGACCAACUGACAAUGAGGCUGCUGGUUAUGGGCUAACCACAUCACUAGUCACAUCAUGUCAGGAUUAAUUUUCUAGGUGUCUGAGUCAAACAAUGUUAGAUCAAAGUUUUAUGAAUGCCAGCUAACAGCAACAAAACGGCAGUGCUUACUGACAGAAAGAUUCAGGAUAUCCUGAGCAACUCAAUUCAGUAUUGUGAUCGGAUAGAAGUGAGCUCUACUGAUAGAUCCACCCAUCUUGGACAGAUUUCUCAGUUUUACAGCCUUCUCCAGAGUAAAUAGACAUAUUGACAUAGUAAACUUGGCUAUCUGAGUUUAAAUAACAUAUAUGUGAAAACAGUAUGCCACUUCCUAACCAAUGAAGAGACAACAUUUUUCAAAAGUGUAUCCGCUCCAAGAAAGGAGCCAAGAUGCUGAAACAAACUGAUACGUACUCGGCCCUGGAUCAUUAAGGGCAACUGUGCUGCAGUACGAGAUGAGACAACCAUACCUAAGUACACCCAGUACUUUGAAGAGCUUAGAAAUGCUCCUGUUGUUAUUUUUCUACGUGUCCUUUGGCAUCAGUGUCUUGACCCACUGACACCAGCAAUAAUAGGUUUAGGGAAAAGAUUGUGGUUUUAGGUAAAGUAAACUGACAAACAGCAGGGUAAAAAGUGAAGCCAGUGCAAAAUCAACAAAACUCCAAAUCCUACAGUGGGUGAUUUUAAAAAGAAGUUAGUCAGUAAAAAAUAAAUAAUAAAGUGUGCUAACACAGGUAGCUAUAGCUACUAGCUAUCUGCAGGUCUCAAUUCUUCAACUAUCUUUAAUUAUUGUUUUUUAUGUAAAUGGUUUACAGGCACCAUGAUACUGAAAAAUGCAGCCGAUUAGUACACUCUGUCUUACAUUCACUUGUUGGAAUCACUGAACUGAUCUCUUGGUCAUUUUUUGUGCUGUCUGGAAUUAGAUUUAUGCCAGUUACUAAUUAUUUAAUUUGUAAGAUGACCAUUCAUCUCAUAUAUUACUGAUAAUAUCCAUAUUUUCCAUAUUUUAUUUGUUGUUUGUCAUAACUUUGAUUUUUCUCUUUCUCAUCAGUUCAAAAAGUUGUGGCAGAUGUGAGUUUUCUCUAACCUGCUUCAAGUGCUUGCUCAUAGGUUAAUGUUGGGUCUUUCACUGUGUAAUAUAAAUUGCUUUUUGACAGUCAUCACUGUAAUAUUGUGCUAUAUGAAGAAAAUAAAACUGAAUUGAAUGGGUUUUUUCCACUGUAGUUAUAAAAGUUCACAUCUUUCUACAGUGGAUCACUGAAACCUGUUUUUUGUUGAUUAUUAUUUGUGUAGUUUGAUUAAACUGUCAAAUUCAAGUCUG